GCUGGCCGAAAUGUCAAGCCUGCCGCCGGAGGGGCCGCGCUCCAGCCGGCGCGCGGAGCUCCGCUCGGGCGGAUUAGGCUGCCGGCGCUGGCUGCGGGAGUCCGGCGCCCCGUGGCUGCCGCCGCCGCCUCUGCCGCCGCCUCCUCCUCCUCCGGCGGCGCCUGCAAGGUGUAGCUGCCGCCGCCGCCGCCUCUCCUCCUCCUCCUCCUCUGCGCUUGCUGGCGGCGGCUGCUGCUGCUGCCGCCGCUGCUUCCGAGCGCGCUAGCCGCCGCUUGGGAAGCAGGAGAGGCCGCCGCCGCCAGCAUGCCGGCCAUCAAAAGGGAGCGCCCGGACCGCGAGGAGCUGGCGCUGGCCGCCUUCCACCCGCCCAUGGAGGCGCUGCCGGACUACCUGGUGCCCUUAGCGGCCGCCGCCGCCGCCGCCAUCCCGGCGGUGACCCCGCACCCGCCGCCGGCGUACGGGCAGCUCUUCGCCGCCGCCGUCGUCGCCCACCAGCAGCGCGCCUACUUGGAGUUCCACGCCGCCGCCGUGCCCCCGCCGCCCCCGCCGCCCGAGGAGCUGCUGCUGGAGCGCUUCUCCUCCGCCUCCGCCGCCGCCGCCGCCGCGCCGGACUUCCAGCCCUUCUUCGAGAGGGGCGAGCCGUGCCUGGAGGUGGAGUGCGGCGACAACCGGGCGCUGCUCUACGUGCGCAAACUCUGCCAGGGCAGCAAGGGGCCCUCCAUCCGCUACCGGGGCGAGUGGCUCACCCCCAACGAAUUCCAGUUCGUCAGCGGCCGGGAGACGGCCAAGGACUGGAAGCGGAGCAUCCGGCACAAAGGAAAAAGUUUGAAGACGCUUAUGUCCAAAGGAAUUUUACAGGUACAUCCACCAAUCUGUGAUUGCCCUGGGUGUCGAAUUUCGUCUCCAGUGAAUCGGGGACGUUUGGCGGAGAAGAGAACGGUUCCGUUGCCCCCCUCCCGGACCCUGAAAAAGGAGCCCCCCACUCUUUUCUCACACAGCGACAACUUCAAGGAGGUUGAGAAGAUCAACGGACACCACCCUCAUGUCAAACAAGAAGAGGAUUCGCAUUUUGGUAUCAUGAAAAGAAGCCAAAACAGUGAUCUCACCUCUUUCCUCUCCAACCUUCACCAGAGCCGGCAGCUCGGCAUGCCCGAGACGCAGAACCGCUGCGAGUUCAAAAGAAGCAGCCUUGAGGUCGGCUUGGGAGCAGCAGAUGACGUUCUAGGCAAAAGGAAAGUCUGUGUGUCCAGCAGCAACGGCGACUGUCUUUUGGAGAGCAAGAAAUCUCGAAGCGAAUCUCCCAAAGAAAACUCACACACACCCCUGUUGGAGGGCCCGGUGACCCAGAUGACUCCCGAGGAAGAUUACCGGCGCUUGAUGUCCGCCCUCAACGAACACAGCACUUUUGAGGAGCAGCAGCAGCAGCAGCAGCGUCUCUACCAGUUGGCUGGCGGGAUAUCCGUCCCGAGUCACAGUGAUAUCCUCCGGGCGCGUCAAGAAGUCGCCUCGCGAAACCCCAGCAGCAUAGAGCCUCACCUUCCCUCUGCCAGCAACUCGUCCAGCCAGCGCAGAAAACAAGGACUUCCCCAGCACCGGGAUUCACACUUCACUGAGAGGGAGAUGUCCCACCCCCCACCUCUCCUGUCGCCCCAGAAUGCUCCCCACAUCGCUUUGGGACCUCACUUGAGACCCCCUUUUCUUGGGGUGCCUUCGGCUUUGUGCCAGACGCCAGGUUACGGUUUCCUCCAGCCGGCCCAAGCGGAGAUCUUUGCACGCCAGCAAGAGAUGCUCAGGAAACAGAACCUUGCCAGGCUUGAGAUGUCAGCGGAAAUUAUCCGGCAGAAAGAACUGGAGAACCUUCACCGCCAGAGGCUCCUGGCUACUGACCCCAUGGGUUUGCACCCGGGUCUGCCUCCGGACCACCCCGCCUUGCGCAGCCUCCACGACAUCCCGGAAGGACACCCGCUUCGGGACGAGCUCUCCCGGAGGAACGCCAUGCUGGUCCUCCGGCACAACAACGCUCCGCUGCUAUCGCUCAACCCCCAGGGGGUCCCCACCGCCUCCACCACCCCUCCCAAGGAGCAGAGCACGCGGAGGGGCACCCGGAAGGCUGCGCACUCUCGCUGCGAGGCGCUGGGCCAGAGCGAACCCAAAGACUUGUUAGACAGCCGCCCGCCGGACAGCAACCACGAGGAAAUGAAGGACUCGGAUAGCGAGGCCGAAGCGACCGACGAGAAACCGGAUGCACUGAAGGCUGAGAACAGCGGCGGGGUCGGCGAGGUUAAGGAGUGCAAGGAAGUGGCAAAGACUGGGGAGGGCGCCAAAGAACUGGGUGAGGUGCCAGCUGGGCAGAACACGCCCUGUAGUUCCUCCAGUGCAGAAUUGCCCAGCUAUCUCCUGGGUCCGACAAUGGGCAAGUCGGAGGUCAAGCUACUCCCCACGGCUUCCCUCCCACCACCUCAGCCGCUCCCGUUCGGUUUCCCGUAUACGAUGAGUCCGUAUUUCCAUGCAGGCACGAUGGGAGGUCUGUUCUUGGACGGAGAAGAGAGCCCGGCCACCACCACUACCACCACCACCGCGUUGCAAGACAUCAGCAAAUGGACCGUGGAGGACGUGUGCAGUUUUGUCAGCUGCCUCUCCGGUUGUGCUGAAUACACUCAGGUCUUCCGGGAUCAGGCCAUUGAUGGCGAGACGCUGCCCCUUUUGACGGAAGAACAUUUACUCAACCACAUGGGCUUAAAACUAGGCCCAGCGUUGAAAAUAAGGUCACAGGUAGCCAAGAGGGUGGGCCGGGUGUUGUAUAUGGCGAGCUUUCCCGUGGCUUUUCCACUCCACCCGCCCGGCCUGCGGCCCACGGAUUGCAACCUGCCUCCCGCCGAGCUUCGCCCACCCUCCACCGGAAGCGUGGCCUCGUCCCCCUACGGAGGGACGCUUCUGCCCAGCCGGGUCUCCCCCAAGCAGGAAAAUGGGACCUCUGUCUUGGCCCUGGGGGAUGUCCCCAAGGCCCCUUCCUAACCCCUGGCCUCUCCGCCAUCGGUCAUCCCACAGUCUGAAGAAAAGAAGCAAGUUCCUUCCCCCCCUCCACAAGAGGCAGCGUGGAAAUUUUGCUAAAAUAUUCAAAUGGGGGGGUGGAAAUAAACGCUUGGAGGGAUUUUUUUUUUUUUUUUUUUUUGGACUUAGGGAGGGUGUGAGGGACCUGCUCCAUUGCAAAGAAAUCUUGGAAGGAAGACAGACUCGGAGAAGGAAGCCCGUUGUGGAGAUCAACGCCUCUGCAAACCAGCCCCAGACGGGCUCCAGGGGGGCAAGGAAACCCCCCUCCCCUCUUCCUUUUUUUGGAGGGGUGGAACAGCCCUGGCUGAACUGGUCCAGAGUUCCUUUUGGGGAGGGGGAGGUCUAUGCAUCGCUAGCAGCUUUUGAAGUAAUACCAAAGACAGACAAGUGAUCCAGCAUCUGAACUCCGCUCCAUGUUUAUUUUUUAUUUUUAUUUUUGGGAUGGUACGACGCAGCCAGUCCUGUGGACUUAAUCUUCUUUCUUUUUCUUUGACUUUCUGUGUCUCUCUUUGGUGUGCAUUGAUUCAUUUCUUGUUUCCAUCCUGGACAGAAAGAAAGCAGGAAGGAUAAUGUAGUUGGAGGUAUCCCUUCUGGAAGGUAGGUUGUGAGUGAGAGAGUGUGUGUGUGUGUGUGUGUGUGUGUGUGAGGAGUCUUUGGUGCUCUCCCAGUUUGGUUUUCUUACAGACCAGUGGUUCUCAACCUGUGGGUCGUGACCCCAUUUGUUGGGGUCGAUCGACCAUUUCACGGGGGUCGCCAAACAACUGCAGUCUGCCAUUUCCCCCCCCUUUUCCUUAGCUGUGCCUCUUGAAUAGAGUCUAAUUCUAUUGGCUUUCAAAAGCUCCAGAAUUCCCAACAGAAUUAAAGAGUUGGAGGCCCACCACUUACACUUUCAAAAGCCAGUAGGAAUUGUCCAGGCUGUCUCUGCCCUGCUGAGCCUGCCAAAAUUUCCAUUCUGCAAAUGGUGCUGCACCAGUUGAGUAGUCCUCAACUUACGACCGGUUGAGGGGUCGC